UUAGUUUUUUGUUAGUAUUUUGCGCCAUUAGCUUCUUUCAGUUUUUUGUUGGUUUUUUGGUCUAGUAUGUUCAGUUCUGUAACAUCAAUGCUGUGAAUUUGAGUUGGUUUAAACUAGUACUGUAGUUGAUGAUGCACUUUUGAUUUGACUGUACAGUAGCUAUUGCUGCUAUCAAAAUUGUGAGUGUUUGAUGAAUCAAGUGAUCCCAAGUUACAAUAUUCAACAUAUGAUUGUGAUUGCCUCUGUCAAUUUGAUGUUUGUAGAUUUGUUUAAUCAGUUGAACCAGAUGGGUGUGAAAAUCCCUGAUGAUCAUUUUGUAAAUGAUGUUGGUACACCGAACAAUGAAAAUGUUCGAAGCAGUUGCCAGUCGGUAUAUCGGGAAGAUCAUUUCACAAAUGUCAAGAAUCCAACACUUUGUUGUCUUUGGGUGAUACACGUAGAGAAAGGAAGAGUUGUUGUGGCAAGGGGGACUGUAUUCCCGUCAAAUAGUCAGGGUGUUAAUAUGAUUCAUAAUAUUCCGAUGGCAUCACACAAUGUUAGAGUAUCAAUUGAUGAUGUUGUACCUGAAUAUCAACUUACUCCACUUCCUGUGUCAUGUGAUGAACAUGAUAAUAUAGGAAAUGCAGCGGGCAGUUUUGUUCAAUGGCCAAAGGACCUUGUGACAUUAGGGCAGGAUCCUAUAUCAUUGGAGAAGAAAAAAAGCCAUAAGAUGACACCAAAAGCAAAAGUACAUGACUCAGAAAAGGUUGAAAGUAAAGGGUCUGUGACUCCCGUGAAGAAAAACCGGCCAAUAAUUGUUGAUGACAUAAGUUUAAGUGAGCAUUGUGCAGGUUUAAGUUUCUUGCUCAAAAAAAGGCCCCCUAAUAAAAAAGGUGAUGUCUUUACGUAUGAAGAAAAUGGAGAAGAUCUGAUACACAUUACACCCGAAGAUGUUGAUCAGUUUUUGAAAAUGAGAUGGUUAAAUACUCCCAUAAUUGAAAUUUUCCUGAAGUACGUUAGCACGUUGUGUAAACAGUUGAAGGAUGAUACAUUUGCAUUCAUGUUGCCAUCCAGAUUAGCCAUGCCACAUAAAUGUCACCAGCAACGACAAGAUGAAGCAAUAGAAAUAAGCGUUAUAUUUUGGGACCACUGGAUGUUGCUCCUUUUUUGUCUCCAUGAAAGUGCUAUCUACGUGUUUGAUCCAUUGAAAAAAGAUAGGACAAUACGGUUAAAAACACCUGCAAGAAUGGCAUUUAAAUUAUACGUAUCUCAAGGUGGACAGAGGAAUAACAAAAAAGAAUUUCUUUGGCAUCACACCGAGGUUAAGUGUCCGCAACAAGGAGAUAUGGAUUCUGGUUUUUUUGUUAUGAGAUACAUGUAUGAUAUAGUCAUGCUUUCUCAGAAACAACCCGACAUGAACUGGAAAGUGGUAAGAGAUUUAACUAAAAUAUUGUUUUACAGUUAUUAUCGAACUAAAUAA